GAUUGGAUGGAGUGAGCCCGUUUGCUGAGAGCGCCAGAAAACAAGCUUGAGCGGGUGAGGAGUCUCCACGGGACAGUGCAGAGUUUCCGCUAGUCCGACAAGGGGUUCAGAUCACUGGGGGUACAGGCUGAGGAGGACUGCCCGCUUAUUUUGACGAGGGAAACUGUUUGCUAUGUCGGUCUGAAGAAAGUACGCGCUGACAACUCUGUAAAACCGGACACUGGGCAACAUUGGAGCAUUUCAUUCAUUCAUUCAGUAGCAGAGAAAGACUGCAGUUUUCCCAGAUGGAAGUUGAAUGUCUAGCACUGAAAGACCUCACAAGUCCCAGGAAAAGUUUCACUGUGGGUCCGGAGGAGGAGGAGGAGGAGGAGGAGGAGGAGGAUGGGGGUCAAAGUGAACAAAAGGAAAACAUCUGCACAGAGAGGAGAAGAUCCACGCCGCUCAAAUCGGCCGACUCAACCAUCCCCGCUUUGCUGAUGAACAGAAAAGGUGCCACCCCCGACCUGGCCCACAUCACCCCCAUCAAACACCCGGCCCUGGUCGAGCCCUGGACGCCCACAGCCAAUCUGAAGAUGCUGAUCAGCGCCGCCAGCCCAGACAUCCGGGACAGAGAGAUGAAAAAGGUGCUGUUCAGACCCAUAGAGAAUGAGAAGGACACACCAGCGAGCCCAGAUCCUGUGAUGGAGGAUACAGAGGUGGAAGACUCCUGUCAGUUUGAAGCGGCGGAGGAGGAGGACGACGCCGACAAAAAGCCGAGCAGGAAGCAGAAGAGUCUGGGUCUGCUGUGUCAGAAGUUCCUCGCCCUCUACCCUGAUUACCCACCGCCACACAGCCCAAUCUGGAUCUCACUGGAUGAGGUGGCGACCAAUCUUGGGGUGGAGCGGCGGCGUAUCUACGACAUCGUCAACGUGCUGGAGUCUCUCAUGAUCGUGGGCCGGAUAGCCAAGAACAGCUACACCUGGUACGGUCGCCAACGGCUGGAGGCCACGCUAGAGGAGCUGCAGCGGAGGGGCCGGCAGCAGGGAUACCACCUUCAGAUGGAAGUGGCCUCCGAGGCGAGGGAGGUCGGACCGGGUCGCGAGGACGACGGCGUGGAAGGAGACGGCGGCAGUGCUGGCGGCAACAGGAAAGACAAAUCUCUGCGCAUCAUGAGUCAGAAGUUUGUCAUGCUGUUCCUGGUGUCUAAAACGCAGACCGUCACUCUGGACGCAGCAGCCAAGAUCCUCAUCGAGGAGAGUCAGGACUCGUCGAGCCACAGCAAAUAUAAAACUAAGGUGCGACGACUGUACGACAUCGCCAACGUGCUGACAAGUCUUGGCCUCAUAAAGAAGGUGCACGUCCGCGAGGAGAGAGGCAGGAAGCCGGCCUUCAAGUGGCUCGGCCCUGUUGAAUUCAACAACUCUGGAAAUGCUGGAAAUACUGUGAAUGUAGCAGCUUUCACUCCACCUGGAGCCACACAACCGACGGCAAGCCAGGACCCCAGAAAGGUCAAGAUGGCUCGCCACACCUCUUUCAACAUCACUCCAACCUCAGUGGCCAUCCAGCGGCAAGUCAGCUCUGCGCCCAGCAGUCCACGGCGAGAACCUACAGGUCUGCUUAACCAGCCCGUGGAUUAUUCCAGAAGGACCAUGAGCAACAAUGCAGUGUGUCGACUGCAGUUUGGAAACAUCACAGAAAACCGUCCCAGUGCAACACUGCAAAACCCCAACCCCAGUAACAGCAGCAGCCCCCUGCCUCCCACCUCCACCCGUCCCACCCUGCUGGCACCUUCCCUCCACCCAGAGCACGUCUUCGCACCUUCCUCCUCCUCCCCCCACUGCUUGGCCUACCUGCCCAGCCUGUCGCAGCCCUCGGUGGUCAUGCUGUACAGGGCGCCGGACAAGCCCGACCAGUCGGCCGAAGGUCGGAGAUCGCCCAGGUUGGAGUCUGAGGAGGGGAGGAAGAGGAAGAGGGAAGAAAGGGAAGAGGAGACGAAGGUGGUGAAGAAGAAGGGAGUGUCCGGGCUAGAGGAAUGCGUCACGACGAGAGCUGAGGCGAGCAGCAGGACUUCACCCAAUCAGCCUGCAUGCCUCUCCAGAGAGCAGGCAUCCAAUGACAGUCUAGGUGGCCACAGCAGCAGUGAGCCUGCCCAGCCAUCACACUAUCUCUACGUACCCAACAAUGCAGGUCUGAACAACCUCAACUUCCUCCUCUCUGCCAGCCAGCCACCAGCCGGCCUAGCGCUACCCCCAAGCAGCAUCCCCACCCUAGCGUUGCCCUACGUCCUGCUGCCCUCCGCAGCCCUCUCCCACUACCCCCUGGUGGCCAGCGGUCUACCACAGCAAGGCUCUGACGCCCACAACAAACUGAGCUUCAGCCUGCCCGCCGUGAUGUCACCCGCCCACUUCAUGGUGGGGGCGGCGGCAGCGUACGGGAUGGCAGCCGCAUCGGAGAUCAGCAGGUCGCCAGCGCAGACGCCGUCCACUCCCGAACACAGCAGGAUGUACGGGUCGGCGGCAGGCACGCCACAUUCUCCAUCAGGGCUACGUCAGGCUGUCAGCAUCAACACACCAGAACCACUGACUCCACAUACUCCAAAGGAAACCACCCCGACUGCUUCUAAAGCUUUCUUCCAGACCCCGGGCACACUGGGAAGCGUCGUCAGCGCUGUGCCAACCGCCAGAAAAAGAGGCUCCGCACAGAGGAGACUAGACGUCGGCCACCCUCCGACAAGUUAAGAUGCGCGGAGGAGAUGGAUCGGGCGGCUGUCGUGCUUGUUUUAACACUCAGGUGUUGAUUCUAAAAGUGAAAAAUAUGGUUACAAACCAUCGGUGCUCUGUUAGUUUAUUAAUAAAUAAAACAAGGGAUACCUUCCAAAAUGUAAGAAUAGGAUUUUUUAGCAAAGACUGUCACAUUUUUGCUAAUGACUGUCAAUUUUUAGCCAAACAGGUGGGCGUCUCAUUUAGAAAUAUUCCCAUGUCGGUCGUCAUGUUAACAGUUCAAAUGUGCCUCAUGGUUCAGUUGUAGGACAGCAUUUCAGCGAGUGAAUGAGUAAAGCAGUAUUGCCAAUGUGACAGUGCCCUCCUGUGGUGGGAAUGGGCCACUGCUGUAUUUUUGUAUUUCCAGCCUUAAUUUUCCCUCCCCGACAUGAUCUAGCUACCUAAUUCCCCAUCAUUUGUGUAAUAUAGCCCAGUUUCUAUUUAUAUAUAUUUUAGAUAAUAUAUGUUGAUUACAGGGACUGUAAUGGAACAUUAACUCUUUUUUUUUUAAGCACUAAGUAUUUGACGAAUGUAUGUCUGAUAUUGAAGUGAUUGUCUUUAGUUAGCCCCGUCAGCUUUUGUUACAUUAUCAAGGUAUAAUAGGAAAUCUGCUCACUGGUUCACUUCGACGGCAGCAGACGAUCCUCUCUCGGAUCAUUUCAGACAUCACUGUGAAGAGAAAAAUCACUAAAGCCUUAAAUGUUUACAGCCAGCCGGGUAUCUCAAGGAACUGUCGGUGGAUUUGAUUUACUCAUCAGAAAGACGAAUGUUACUGGUGCUGUGUACGUUUUCACGGAGUAUCUGCGACCAUAGUGCUUAAUGGUUAAACACCAAAGCCUUUAGCUCUGUCCCUGACGACUAAAGGUCAAUGUGACGAUGCUCUCAGGUACUUGAAUACUUGUGACUUUGCUAGAAGUGGAUUCAGGAGAUUCAGGAGAUAUCAGAGUACUGUAUUUUUUUUUUAUCCUUAAUUUAUCUAAGAGAUAACUGAGCUUAUAUGCUGUCCUUUUCUAGCAGCACUGUUAUAUUCACACAGUCUGGAGACUUCCAGUAUGACUGCAAUGAUGCAGUUGGGUGGUUGAGUGCCUUGCUUAAAGGCACCUUGCUGAGAGAACAGUCCACAAACUUGCCUCCAGACAACCCAGCCAAAAUAUGUACGGUGCUAUGUGUGUGAAUCAUUCAGGAGAGCUUAGCUACAUCACACCAAAGGGUGCACAAAUCACCACUCUGACGGUGGAUGUGUAGUCGUUAAUGUACAGUCUGAAUUAUUUGUGUACAUUGUAUUCAUAGCGUCAUGUAUACUUCCACAUGCAGAAUGUUCAGUGCUGCUUUAAUGUUUUUAAAAUAAUGAUUAUUGCACUGCUAGAUUUUAGUAGCUGUGUCAGCCGAUCUAACUUUUACAAACUCCGAGCUGUUUGUUCACUGUAGCUCUGCUCUCUUUCUUUCACAAACUUUCAUUAAAAAUGUACAAGACUGA